AGUGGUGCAGUUCACGUGAAGAGGAGAGGCUGAACAUUCCUCCCAACUGAUGAAUUCUUUGUCUUGAGACCCUUCUCUCUUGCUCUCUUCAGUCUGUCCGAUACCUGUUGAAAACAGACAUCUUCUCUUUUUUUUUAACAACGUCUCUUAAGAUUUUUCUCUUUUUUAACAAAUCUGGAUUGUGACAGCCGAAGGAGAGCAAGGAGAAUUCUCCCCUUUAAGCCACAGGACGCCAAGGAUUGUCAUCACAUUUCUCGUUCGUUACUUCUGUCUUUUUUUUUUAGCCGCUGCAGCUGCAGAAAUAUAAAGAGACCGUGUCCGUAACACUAUGAUCUUUUCCACGGUGCCUUUUAAGGUUUCUGUUGCCAAGCAGCAGACGUAUGUGUCCCCCUCCAACCAUCAGAUGGCUCCUCCAAGCCCCAACAACAUCAGCAACACCACCAUGAGCAACGGCAGUGGUAGUGGCAGCGGCGGCAGCAGCAGCGGUGCAGAGCAGCUGAGCAAAACAAACCUGUACAUCCGCGGCCUCCACCCGGGAACCACAGACCAGGAUCUGGUGAAACUCUGUCAGCCGUACGGAAAAAUCGUGUCCACCAAGGCCAUCCUGGACAAGACCACCAACAAGUGCAAAGGCUAUGGAUUUGUUGAUUUUGACAGUCCGGCUGCAGCUCAGAAGGCAGUGACGGCGCUGAAGGCCGGCGGUGUGCAGGCUCAGAUGGCUAAGCAACAGGAGCAGGACCCCACCAACCUAUAUAUCUCCAACCUGCCACUGUCCAUGGACGAACAGGAGCUGGAGAACAUGCUGAAGCCCUUCAGCCAGGCCAUUUCCACGCGCAUCCUCCGCGACGCCAACGGAACCAGCCGAGGAGUGGGCUUCGCCAGGAUGGAGUCCACAGAGAAAUGUGAAGCAAUCAUCCAACAUUUCAAUGGAAAAUACAUCAAGACUCCACCCGGGGUUCCAGUGCCGCCAGAGCCCUUGUUGUGCAAAUUUGCUGAUGGAGGCCAGAAGAAGCGUCAGAGCCAAGGGAAAUAUCUGCAGAACGGCCGGCUCUGGACAAGAGACGGGGAGACUGGAGGAAUGACCCUCACCUAUGACCCCACCACAGCCUUACAGAACGGGUUCUACUCCUCUCCGUACAGCAUGGCCCCCAACCGGAUGAUGGGACCAACCUCCCUCUCCCCAUACAUGCAUUCACCUUUGUCCACCUACCAGGUCCACAACCCUUCCUGGUUACAUCACCAGUCAUACAUCAUGCCGCCCUCAGGAGCAGUCCUGACACCAGGAAUGGACCACACCAUGUCUAUCCAGCCGACCUCCAUGAUGGGGCCCCUGACACAGCAGCUCAGCCACCUCUCCAUGGGCAGCAGUGGCACAUAUAUGCCUGCAAACACAUCUAUGCAGGGGACCUACAUCCCCCAGUACACCCAAGUGCCUGCCACCAACAUCUCAGUUGAGGAAAGCGCCGUCCAACAACAACAACCUGUUGCCAUAGAGACACCCACAGAACACACAACCUACUCCUACCAGCAUAACAAGUGAGGAGGUGGCAGAGAUCUUCCUCUGGAGCCGGAGUGACUCUCAAGGGGCCCAGUUGCUGAGACUCGGCACAGUGACUCUGCAUGAGAGGCACCAGACACUCGGGAGGAGUAUGGACUGUUACACAGAAGAGAAAAAAAAGAGACAUUUUCUACAAACUCAUAUUUUAAAACAAUGUUCUUUGACUCCAAACAAGCGGGGCUGGAGGGUGACAGGCAAUGGGGUGAUGGAAGAACAGAAGAGGGAGCGUCUAUUUUGAUAACAGUCAAGAAAGAAAAAAAGUCAGUACACAUGUUUAAAAGGUUUAUUUGAACAUUGUUCAUUACUCCGGGGAGCUAGAAUGAAACCAGGAAGAGAACAUUUCGACAUCAUGUUUUAUUUUGAGUCAUGUUUUGUAAGUCUUUGAUGUGGUGAUUUUACUUCUCUUGGGGUUUUUUUCUGGUCUGAUAUUUUCAGGCUUUCGACCUGCCUUCUUGUACAUAAUUAUUUGUUUUGUUGUGUUCCUAGCUUCACGUGCCCUUCAUCGAUUGUGGCAAAUAUCUGAAUACACACGGAAAUCAUUCAAAGAGCAGAGGAGACCGAUAGGGUGCUGACUUUGGAUUUGCUUCUCUCGAAGUGGCAGCCAGUUUAUUCGCGUAUCCCGAGGGUGGUUUCACUUCUUUUUUCGGCACUUGACUCUCAAAAUAAUUUUUAGUCCCAACAAUCUCGUCAAAGCUUCAGACAAUCAGGAGAUUACAAAGAAGAGAAAAUAUAGAGGUGACGGUCAUUAUUGAGAUUUCACAGAGUAGACUCCUCUCAAAGAGCUGAAUGGAUUUAAAGCAUUCCAGAGAUAAAAAUCAAAAAGCUCUAAAUAUUGGUUUUUACUUUGAGCUGCUCCACCUGAUAACAUCCAAAGUUGCUUCACAGGGAUCACACCUCACAGAGCUGCCUGUAAAUAAGAGAUUUAAAAUUUAUUGAAGCUUUCUUUUUGAUUUUCUGUGUAGUAAGGCUUCAGUUAUUCUAAGGACAACAAUAUACCAAAUCUUCUGAACAAAGCUGUGUUUUCUGUUUUUUGCUCAUGUCCCUUUAAAAAAAGGGAGAGCUGAAUCUCCACAAAACCCAAACAUUUAUUUUCUGAACCAAACGUAGAUGUUGUUAUUAGAGUAUGAAGUUCUUAUUACAUAGACAUGGAAAUCAAAGAGUAAAGCGUGGCUCUGCCCUGUUGUAUCUUCAGAAAAACACUAGUAAGGUGUAUUAUAUGGACGGGGAGCCCAGCAGUAGUAGUACUGGCCAUUGCAUCUGCUUCUGCAUUUCUGUUUUCACCCUCAUGUUUUGUUUUGUUUUUUCAUUUUUUAUUUAAAGUUUUGUUUGUUUGUUUGUUUGAAUUCAGUUUUAAUACUUAAAGAUUUUUUCAAAGAAGCUUUGAUUUUAUUUUUGAUAGUGUGCUGUGUUGCUUCAAAUAAUGACAAAUGUUUUCAAUCUUUUUUUCUUUUUUUUACUAGUGAUUUGUUUGUAUAUUUCCGUACUUCUCUUGUUCUGGUUUCAGUGUUGAUGUCAAACAGACUUUAACUUCUUUUUUCUUUUGACAUUUCAGUUCUGUGUCACGGAUGCUGGCACUUUAAUAACAUGACUCCUGAUCAUGGAUGAAUUAUAUAUGCUAGGUUCAGAUACGUUGUUACAGAGUUUUACCCCCCAAGCAGUUGGGAGCGACGUUAAAGAAAUAUCUGUUCAAUACCUUAACUUACCUCAUCAUGCCAGAGCAAUGUAGAAUCCGUUUGUGCACAAGGUUCACGGGCAAUAACCAACUACAGCAGGUCUCAUGGCUGUUCACAGCUGGUACUGUGUCCACAUCCUUCAACUCUUCCGUCCAAUGUCCGGAAAAAACAUGCCCAAGGUCUGACGAUCUAUGCAAUUAAUUUAUUAUUCCUUAUAAAUGCAAUAUUACAGAUAUCCGAGAGACACCUCACAAUAUGACUUCACUUUCUGGUUUACUGGGAUUUUAUCUUUCAUUAAACAUAACGCUGAAAAAGGAAAAUUGCUUAACAACCUGAGAAAAAGUUACUUCAAUUGGUAACACACAAAUUAAUUAAGUUUGUUCAACUUGAACAAACGUAUUCAUUUGUGUGUUGGUAAGCAAUUUUCUUUUUUCAGUGUAAAUUGUUUUGUUUUUUUGUUUGUUUUCUGACAGACACAUUCGUCUUUGGUUCAUUUAUUGUUUGUAAAAUGCUGCAUUAAAAGGGAACUAUUUCCUACCAAAAUGUGGUUGAUAUGACUGCAGGAGAUGUAGGAAUAUGGUAGGUGUUGUUUAUGUGUUGCCCUGUUGUCUUUCCAGCUGUUUCAUAUGUUCAUCACAGGCAUGUUUGAUUUUACCCACCGUUCCAUCCGAUUGCAAUUUUUAUUGUUAUGGUUAAACUUUGUGUCCUGUCUAGUCCUGUUUGUUGACUCGCUUUCUUCUUUCUGCUGGAGUAAUUUCAACUGUUUGCUUCUUUGAAAACCAUGAAAAAGUUCAUUUCCAGGAGAAUAUUAAACUUCACAGAAAUGCCUUAGAUUUCACUGGAAGGGAUAAAGUGAAGUGCUACUCAAGAUCUGGUGGGCUUGACCUCUGACUGGAAUUAAUUUUUUCCCUCAUGCACUGCUAAUGUUUAAGAAUAUGUUUGUUAUACCAGAACUACUCUGAACAUGGAUCUAUGAAGCAAAGAAAUAUUUCGAAUUUCUAAUCCCUAUUUUGUUCCUUUGCCAUUCCUUUGGGUUUUUUUUAUCCAAAACUAUUAAAGAUAAACUAAGUGGUGGCUCACCGAGUCUAAAGAACUAUUGCUGCUAAGUUUGGAUUGAUAAGUAUCGAGAAAACUUUAGGUUGAAGGUCAUUCUGUAUAUCAAGUCACACAUGGGACCAGUUUGUAACUCAUGUCCACACGUCAAACCAUCUCUCCUCACUAAAUAUCUGUGCCAUGAUGCAGGUCUUUUGUCUCCUUCAUAGAAAAGAAAUCAUACAGCUAUUGAACGCUUAACUUUGUUUGAUUUUCAACUUGUCUUUUUUUUUAAAUAAAACUUUUUCACUGUG